ACCUCAUCUACCAACAACCAUUUGGUGAACCUACGAACCCGUUGCGCAUCUUCUCCAAACCCGAUCACCGGCACAUUUCGUGCAAGACUCUCAAAAUGAAGCUCGUCAGGUUUUUGAUGAAAUGUGCAAAUGAGACGGUUACUAUUGAGCUCAAGAAUGGCACUAUCAUCCACGGCACCAUCACCUCAGUUUCACCCCAGAUGAAUACUGCGCUGCGCACAGUCAAGAUGACCCAGCGUGGCCGAGAUCCAAUCUCACUCGAUACGAUCAAUCUUCGAGGGUCAACCAUUAGAUAUUACAUCCUGCCCGAUUCAUUGCCGUUGGACACCCUCCUGAUCGAUGAUGCGCCAAAGCCCAAGAACAAAGCCAGAAAGGAGGUUGCGGACAGAGGCGGUGCCCGAGGUGGACGAGGACGCGGCGGUCCUAGAGGACGAGGAGGUUUCAGAGGUGGACGUGGUCGAGGCGGUGGUAGAGGAUUCUAAAGCAAUUGACGAGGAUUGGGAUUUGAUGCCUUGAGAUUGGUUUCUUAUAUCCCCCAGAUUUCUUGCUGAUCUUCACAACAAGGAACUGGAUACUUGCUUGGGGCCGAUUGCUUGUGCAUGGACGGUUGACUGGUAUUACUGGCGUUUGUGGACAUGAAAAUUAGGGAGCAGCACUUCAUGAAAGAACCAAAUAUGGCUUCGGAUCCAUCUCACGCGUUCUCUCGCCAGAUUCGAAUUAUCUGAAGCUUUUCCCAGCCGCCUUUCUUUCCACUGGUACUGACUGUCUCUGCUUUCCAACCAGAUCCCCAGCCCUUGAUUCUUUCCUUGACCUUGUCUGGCUUGUUUUGAGCACAGAGCAGAAUGUAAGCGCAACCCGUU